AUGGCUGGAAAUGCUAGCGUGCCGGUGCAUGCAAUCCCCAACAAGCCAGCUGGUGACGUGAUUAACCAGAACCUCGCCAGUUCGACUCAAACUGUAGUAGGGGUGCCUAAUCAGCUCGGGGGUGAGCACCUACCACUUGCAGGGUCGACUUUCCAAGGUGGGAAGCUGGGUAUCAACGGCCAACCACCUCCUGCUCAAAGAGAUGAACUUACUACGUCGUUCAGAGACAAUGAUAAGACCCUUGAGACCCUGCCUCCUUUGGUCCCGAAGCAAAUUCUAAAGUAG